AUGAAGUACUCACUCGUUAUCUCGACUUCAAUCCUCCUCAGCACAUUCACCACAACCCUCGCCGCACCGGUAAACCCAUCAACUGCAACUGUACCAGCUGCUUCUUCAGACGAAGGCGAUGAAUAUAUCAUCGUACUAGCCCCAGCCGAAAAGCGUCCAUGGGGCCAAGUAUUCACAGACAUGGGAUACAACAUGACCUCCCGUGCCCACGAUAUUUCAGUAAACAAACACACCUUCGGUACAAACUACGGUGACCUCCGUACAUUUGGCAAAGAGUUCCGAGCCUUUACGACUCAUAUGAAAAGCACAGAUGCAGCUAGUUUAGCUUCACUUCCCAAUGUUCUAUCUAUCGAAAAGGAUGUGAAGUGGACUGUUAAAGUACAGCGGUAUAAUGAUACAUUUGGAACUCAUAAUGUUAAGGAUAACAAAUGGAGUUUCCCGAUUGUGAAACGACAGGCACAACAAGAUCAGUUGAACCAAGUCGUUCAACAAAGCACCGCGCCAUGGAAUCUUGCCCGUAUUUCCACCGCCCAACCAUUAACUUCCAAUGGCCGAGAGGUGAUCGAUUUGAAGUUUAAUUACCAGUUCGAACGAUCCUCUGGCUUGGGAGUCGAUGUUUACAUGCUUGACUCCGGUAUCAAUACUCAGCAUGUGGACUUUGGUGGCCGUGCAAAGAUGGUGUUUACGGCUUUUGGGAAUGAUAUUACGGAUGGUCACGGACAUGGAACUCAUACGGCGGGGACAGUGGGGUCUACUACGUUCGGAGUUGCAAAGAAUGUGAAUCUCUUGGGGGUUAAGGUGCUUGAUUCGCAGAAUGCAGGAUCUCUGUCUAGUUUUGUCGCUGGAGUGGAUUUUGCACUAUCUUCGCAUUUGCAGAGGAGGACACAGCCGGGGUUUAAAGGAUCGAUUAUUAAUAUGUCCCUCGGCGGCCCCGGUUUCGCACAGCCAUUGUUUGAUGCCCUCCAAAGAGCCACCCAAGCAGGAAUGCACGUAGCAGUAGCCGGUGGUAAUGAUAACACCGACUCCUGUCAAUUCUCUCCAGCCCAAUUCUCACAAUCACUUCCAAUAAUCAACGUCGGGGCUACCAACGUUGUUGAUCAAAAAUGGGAAGGAUCAAACUUUGGAAAAUGCAUUGAUAUCCACGCACCCGGUGAAGGAAUCGUUAGUACUUCUAACAAGGGACCACAAGCUAUGGAACCUAUGUCUGGAACUUCUAUGGCUUGCCCAGCGGUCGCGGGAGCUAUGGCGGUGGAAUUGUUUAAGAAUCCGAGUUUGGAUCCAGCGAGUUUGAAGAAGUUGAUUGUUAGCAAGGCGUUACCUGGAGUGCUUCAAGGUGUUACUGGUGGGAAUGUGUUGUUGAAUAAUGGAUUGAGGGCUGUUGGUUGA